AUGGCAAAGGUGGUGAGAUUUUCAUUUGAGAAAAUCUAUGGUGAUUCGUUUAAAGUAUUUUGUGAAGAGCCAAUCAAUAUUCCUCUUGGACAACCUUCUUACUGGCUUAUUUCACGCCUUAUUGUCGACCAUAAUAUCCCCAAAUUUGCUGAAAAAGAUUUUUCUGAUGCACUACUCGCUUUUCUCAAGGAAAAUGAGAAGGCUCGUGUUGACGAUUGCUUGACAAAUCUUUAUGAAAGUCUAGCAAAGUCAGGAAACGAGCCUAGUCGAAUCGCCAGUUCGCUAGAAGAACGUGUCAAUGAGCGCAUUUCGACUAGAUUUCAGUCUGAUCCACCAACUGAUGAGGAGAUCUUCGGACAAACCUUCACGAAGAUAGUUAACUCUCCCGCCGCAAUGGAUUUAAUCCAAUUAGAACACUCAUUUGCAGCAGCUGUAGAAACAGAAGUCAUCGAACGCAAUCGAAUUCUUAAGGAAUUGGAGAUGGAACUUGAAAGUGGAACCGAGGCUAUGUUGUCCAACAACUAUGUCGAAGAAGCGGUUUCGGAGUUGCAACGUCGAUUCCAUACAGAAUAUGAAGUUAAGAAAAUGACCCUGAAUAGUGGUAUUAGUGAGUUAAAGGAAACACAACGGAAGGACUACCGAAAUUUUGUCAUGUCAAUUGAAGAGCAAAUACUUCAAGUGGAUUUAUCUAAACCCCUCCCACCUAGGCCGUCGGAACUCAUUGACAACGCUGCGACCCAUUCAACCCCAAAGAGGACGGUGAAUCCUUCUAAUCUUGCUGGUCCGCGUUCGGAGAGCUUCAUGAUUCAGUUGGGACGCCAACUUCGAUCAUUCUACAACUUAAAAUUUGUUGAAGCUGAUCCAAUGGAUCUUAUGGCACCGAUCGGAUCUUCGCUCGGCAUACCGAAUUCACAACAACCAAGGCAAGGUUUAUGUCCUGUUAUUAACGCCGAAUCUACUAUCAACCUGGCUGAGCGAUUGAGCAGUGCUCUUACCAUUUACUCAAAUGAGCUAACCGGUCUAGUAAUCCUUGUUGAUAACCAAAUACUUCAAUCCAAAGAUCAGCAAAGACUCGCUGAUGUCUGCGAAUUGUCAACAGACUUUCAUUUUCCUGAGCUGGAUCGCCAACUGUACAAAAUAAAGGAAACUAUGCUCGACCUCUCGUCUCAUGUUCAGGAGACGUCUUCUGCAAACACACCGAAAACGCAUCCUAAACCUGGCGACGUUUAUCUCACUCGCCACUCGAAUCUCCGUGCCAGUGAAAUCGGUGGAAAUGCAGGGGGUGGUGGUGGGGUUGAAGUCGUCUUCCACGUUGUCGCGGAUGACGACGUUUGUGCGGUAUCAAAAGAGGGUUCAAAAUCGCUUGCCUCACCAUCUUUGCCAUCUUAUCUCCUCAGAGCUCUUUCUGCUGUCCUCAGAGUAUGCAACCAACAUGACAUAACUACGCUCUCUCUUCCCCUACUUUUCACAAGAAGAUCUCUUGAAGUGAGUUCUUAUGUCAUUGAAUUUUGA